GAUAGUAGUAAAACCUUGUCACCAAGCGACUGGUGUUAUUUAGCUGUCAAUGCCAAGUUCUCGGAGGCUGCGAGGCCGAGUUUGUUUACUUCUCUCGCGGAUUUCAGAGCUCCAAUGGGUGCGAUAACCCCCAGGGACUGAGAGCGAACUUGACCCAGUUCUCCCAGGUUCAAGCCCAGCCUGGAGAAGCUUCCGAUCAGGGGGCUUAUCAAGCUCAGUCCACUUUUCAACGCCAAGAUGAGAGCUACCAGAAGCGCUUGGUUGGGCUUUCUGCUCGAAUUGCUGCUCCUCCUUGGAAGCCAGCUUUCCCAAUUGACUGAGGGCCGACAAAACAACCACAUGCAUCGCAUGCAGAUGGGCGGAAUCGCCCAGGAAACACGCGAGGAGCAAAUGGUGCGCCAACAAAUGGCGGCGGAAGUGAAAAAGUACAUGAAUCUAAGCGCCGAUCCGUGUACGGAUUUCUUCGAGUAUGCCUGCGGUCAGUGGGGUCGCUAUAACAAGCGGCCACUGCGUCCCGAUGAGUUGUUCACGGCCCAGCAGCUGAUGGAGAUGAAAAUCUCGGAGCAGCUGCAGCAGCUCCUCACGCAGCCACUGCCACCACCGCAUCAUCCAAACGGCUAUAGUGCUCCCAGUAUGGCGAAUGUCCGGAAGGUGAGAGCCUUCUACGAAUCCUGCGUGGCCGUGCAGGCGAAUGCCGGCGAACGUCGUCGCUUCCUGAUGAAGAUUCUCAAGGAUAACGGCGGACUGCGCAUCGUGCCCAACUCCAAUUGGCAGCACAGCCGUCAGUGGGUGCAAACGCUGGCUGAACUCAGGCGGAACUACGGACUGGACAUACUUCUCGGUUUGGAAAUCGAUCUGAAUCUGCAGAACAUGCAGGGCAAUAGCAUAUACUUUGGAGAUCCCAAGUUAACCAUUAUCCCCGCGGAGCACUGCAACGCCUUGAUUACGCGAUCAGCUCAACUGGAUAGCGAAGUUUAUGAGCAGGUGCAGCAGCAGGUGGCGGACAACAUGCGCGAUUGGUUUGGCAUCUCCACCGAAGAGGCUGCUCGGUUUGCAGGGGACAUCAUACGAUUCGAGUUUGAGCUCUGCAAGCAGAUGGGAGAGCAGGAUAUCCUAAAGACCGAGGAAGAGGUGGCGCCACCGCCCAUUUACGGAGCUCGCUCGCGAAUUGGCCAAGAGCGUUUGCGUCGCCAGAAGCCCGGAUUAACCCUGGCCGAGCUAACCAACGAGAUGGGCCAUCAGUUGGACUUCAAGCUGCUCGUAGAGAUCAUCCUGGAGGGUCAGUUCCAAUCGGAUGUCUAUCUGCGCUCCCCGGAAUACGUGAAGCACUUGGUGAGGACUGUCAAGGCCAAUAAUCGCAUCACCGUUGGUAGCUAUAUUAUCUACGUGGCGCUCAACGAACUGAAUAAACCGCCGGAGGAGGUUCCUCCGAAUCGUGGCCGCCAGUGCGUCCAGGUCACGCAACGACUCUUUCCCCAGGUGCUCGGGGAGAUGUUCCAGCGCCAUGUGCAGCGCGACAAUGCCAAACAUGAUUUGGAGGAGGUCUUCAACGAUGUGAUCAAGGCGCUCGAGGAGCAGUUUCGUGUGGAGUGGAUGGAUGAAAAUGAUCGAAGGGCGGCUCGCACCAGAUCAUCGCAAUAUCGCGUCACACUGCCGGAUUACCAGAGCUUGGAUCUCUCGGAUCCCAGACUGGCUUCGUUUGGGGACUACUGGCAGCGUUUGGAGAACGCCCUCAAGUAUCGUUCACGUCAGCAGUUCGAACGCCUGAAGGGCAACGAUUAUGGCCAGGAUGUCGAUGGUUCGGAUGCUUUCGAGGUGCGAGCUGCCCUUUCGCCGCGUCAGCAAUUGGUUCUGGUGGGAUGGGGUCUACUGCAGGCUCCCUACUACAAUCCUCACUACCCGAGGGCCCUGAAAUACGCUCUUUUGGGUCACCGUUUGGCCAGCGCUUUGGUUCAGGCCUUCGACGACGAGGGAUGGAACAAUCAUCCCCAGGCGACGUCCCAGUGGAACGAGCAGACCAUGUCUGGCUACCGAAAUGUCAGCGAAUGCCAGCGGGCUCAGUACAGUAGUUACUUGUACAAUGAACCCGCGGAAUUUCGCAAUGCCACCAGGCUGAGAGAGAUUAUAGCCGAUGGCAGCGGUCUCAACUUGGCCUUCAAUGCCUAUUUGGCUUGGCUGGAGCAGCAGGAUCCGAAAAUGCGCUUGAUCCUGGCGAAGGAAACACUGCCGCAGUUGAAUUUCACCAACACUCAGCUGUUCUUCAUAUACUUCGCUCAGACACGCUGCUGGGCAAAGGAUAACCAGGAGGCCAUCCUGGACUCGAUGCCGCUGAUGCAGCACACGCCGGAGAGAUGGGAUGUUAAUGGACCGCUGAGCAAUUCGGCGGAAUUCGGUCGGGAAUUCGGUUGUGCUCUGGGCACUCCGAUGAAUAGUGGGGACAAGUGUUUGGUUUACUGAUCAUGAGAGAGACGAAAAU